AAAGUCCGGUAGGUCGCGGCAGCGCUCUCAACUCCAUCGCCUUCCUCCGAUUCCGGCGAUCCAGACCGAAUCCGGCCGAUUCGAGGCGGACUGGGGGUUCGGGGCGGGGAAGAGGGGAGGAGGGGGAGAUGGACCAGGUGCUGAACAAGGUGGGGAGCUACUGGUUCAGCAAGAGGGCCAGCAAGGAGAUCGACUCCAUCGGCGACGACCUCAACUCGGUCUCUUCCAGUAUUGGCGGGGGAGCUAAAUGGAUGGUGAACAAGAUCAAAGGGAAGCUGCAGAAAGCAUUACCAGAUCUUCUCAAAGAAUAUGACAUGCCAGCAGGCCUCUUCCCACGGGACACAACUAAUUACGAGUUCAAUGAAGAGACAAAGAAGCUGACAGUGUACAUCCCGUCAGCUUGUGACGUCGGGUACAAGGACUCAUCGGUGGUGCGGUUCUUCACCUGUGUGACCGGCUACCUCGAGAAGGGAAAGCUUUCUGACAUCGAGGGCAUGAAGACCAAGGUGCUUGUAUGGACCAAGGUGACCUCCAUCAAGACCGAGGGCUCAAAGGUCCAUUUCACUGCCGGCAUGAAGAAGACCCGCAGCCGCGAUGCGUAUGAGGUUGUCAGAGAUGGCAUCAUCAUAGACAAGUUCUAGAGCAUACCUGUACCUGGGCUGGCAGGUGCAAUGUAAUUACUUAGAUAUGCUACAUUGGAAUCUGUUGUGCUAUCGGAUCGGCCUAUUAACCAACUGUGUUGCUCAAAUCUCCCAUCCAUGACUUUCUCUAUAUCUUGGCAAUGUGUGCUUGUUUUGCUGUCA